UAUUGACCGUUCUCAAUGUAUUGAUACCUCUGCGACAAAAUAAAAUAAUUUCCAAAAUUUGGGGUUUAGAGAAGGAGAAAACAGAGGUUCUUUCCAAAGUACACGGUCUCUUGGAUAAGAUAAUUGACCGGAAAAUGAAGGCAGAAGGUGAAGUAGAUUCUUCUAUGAACUUAGUCGUUGAUCAAGUUAUAGAACUUCAACGGAAAGGCCAGAUUGAUUUAAAAGACAUGAAAAGCGAGUGUUUCAAUAUGAUUCUGGCCGCGUUCGAAACAACAGCUCUUACCGUCAAUCAUGCCCUUAUUUUAUUGGCCAUGUUUCCCGAGUACCAGGAUACUGUAUUCCAGGAACUGCAGGAGGUGUUUCCAACUGCUGGGAACUUUGAAGUUAGUUACGAGGAUCUCCAGAAAUUAGUUUAUUUGGAUCGAGUUUUAAACGAAACGUUGCGUUUGAUUCCACCUAUCCCCUUAAUUCCUAGACAGGUAAAGGACGACUUUCAAUUGUCCAAUGGCGUUCUCGUUCCUAAAGGACUCGUAGUGGCCAUCGAUAUUUUUAAUGUUCAUCGAAACAAGGAUCACUGGGGCCCAGAUGCCGACAAUUUUAAUCCUGAUCACUUCCUGCCAGAUAAUGUUCGCGAAAGGCAUCCCUAUGCCUUUGUACCAUUUUCAAAGGGAAAGAGAAACUGCAUAGGCUGGAGAUAUGCUUUAAUGUCAGCCAAGAUUGCUUUGGCCAAGGCUCUCAGGAAUUAUAAAGUCAGCACCAGUUUUCUCUUUGAAGACCUCGUCUUUGUGGAUAAUAUAGGAAUGAAGCUUAGAAAAACUCCGCUCCUAGAGUUUCAUCGCAGAAACUAA